AUGGAGAGUGUCUCCAGGAGGCCUCCAGCGGAGGAAUCAAUAGGACCUGACGUCGAUGCUCCAGAAGCAGAAGCAUGUCAAGGACUAUUGAGCAACAUAACACAGCCUCAGAGGGCAGAGCUGGGGUGCUGCUGCAAUGCCUCGGCCUGGCUGGCUGUGACACAGGAAAAUGCACCCCUGGACUCCAGACUGUUCUAUGAUGCCAGCAGCUCCAAGAGCUUAAAAGUUAGCAGUGGGUUGCUGGAGAUCCUGCCAAAGAAAUCCCCCUUUCAGGAUGGUCUCUACAAAACUUGUGCUGUAGUGGGAAAUGGAGGAAUCCUCAGGAAUAGUAGCUGUGGCUCUAAAAUUGAUGAGCACGAAUUUGUAAUCAGGUUUAACCUGCCUUCUAUGGACUUCCCUGAUGAUGUGGGCAGAAAGACAAAUAUUGCCACUGUGAACCCAAGUAUCCUUAACACAAGGUUUCGGGGUCUGGUUGGUCGACGCCUGCCGUUUGUGAAGGCAGCAUCUUUCUACGGAAAGACUUGGUUUCUCAUCGCAGCUUUCUCCUUCCCUGGACUUAGUGAGGUUUCUUACCGAGCAUUCUAUGCCUUAGAGGACUCUGGCUCCCAGUCUCACGUCAUUUUCUUCCACCCUCAGUAUCUGAGUGCUCUAAGCAAGUACUGGCGUGAUCAUGGUUUUCAUGUCUAUCGCCUCUCCUCUGGUUUCAUUCUAGUGAAUGCUGCCCUGGAGUUGUGCCAACACAUUACACUCUAUGGAUUCUGGCCAUUCUCUUUGCAUCCAGAUGGCCAUUCCCUGCCCCAUCAUUACUAUGACAACGUGCUUCCCAAAAAGAGCAUUCACAGCAUGCCCAAAGAGUUUGCUUACUAUGUGGAUAUGCACUUCCAUGGUGUGCUGCAGCUGCACGUGGGGCAGUGCUGA